CGGUCACUUAGGUUUAAGUCCGGUGUUGGUUGGUUGCGAGGUUGGUCAUCAUCUCGAUCGAUCGCUCCCUCGAUCACGCCACUUUUCGCAUGCAAAGCGUAGGAUUCUUCGGGUUUCCCGGUGGUUGCAGGCCGCUUACCUGAACCUAGUGGCCGGUCAAGCCAAACCCUGCCCACUGCGACCGUCUCCCAUAUAACAAACUCUCUCUCUCUUUCUCUUUUGCUUCAUCAAGUAGCCGUGUGCUGUGCGUCGCUCGCUUCACGUACUUUGCACCAGGUGAUCGAGGUGGGUUUGAUUGAUUCGAUGGUGGCCAUGUCGGCGCCGGAGAAGACGACGAGGAGGGAGAGGAGGUCCGUGGUGGCGGAGCUGGAGGGCGCGCUGCUGCGCGACGCGGGGACGUUCCCGUACUUCAUGCUGGUGGCGUUCGAGGCGUCGGGGCUGCCGCGGUUCGCGGCGCUGCUGGCGCUGUGGCCGGUGCUGUGGGCGGUGGAGCGGCUGGCGGGGCGGCCGGACCUGGCGCUGCGCGCGGCGGCGUUCGUGGCGACGGCCGGGGUGCCGAGGGCGGAGGUGGAGGCCGUGGCGCGCGCGGUGCUGCCCAAGUUCAUGGCCGACGACGUCGACCCGGCGGCGUGGGCGGCGUUCGGGGCCUGCGGCGGCCGGCGCGUCGUGGUGACGCGCAUGCCCCGGGUCAUGGUGGAGCGGUUCGCCCGGGAGCACCUCGGCGCGCACGAGGUGGUCGGCUGCGACCUCGAGUACAGCCGCCUCAGGCGGUCCACCGGCAUCGUCAGGGGCGGCGGCGAGGAGGCGGUCGCCGACCGCGUGCGCGCGCUCUUCGCCGAUGGCGACCGCCCGGACCUCGGGAUGGCCCGGUCCGAGUCGGCGACGCGAUCCUUCUUGCCCUUCUGCAAGAGGCAACUCCGGCCGCCGUUCUGUGACGCCGACGACGACGGCAGCGGCGUCGCCAGCGAGCAGCCGAAAUGCCCUCCGUUCCGGCCGGUCAUCUUCCACGACGGUCGCCUCGUGUGCCGGCCGACCCCGCUCAUGUCGCUCGUGAUCCUCCUCUGGCUUCCGCUUGGCGUGCUCGUCGCCUUCGUCCGCAUCGCCGUCGGCAUCUCCGUGCCCAUCCAGACCAUCCCGCGUAUCGCGCCCUACUUCGGCGGCGCCGUCGUCGUGCACGGCGCGCCGCCCCCCGCCAUGAGAGUGGACGGGUCCGAGUCAGGCGUGCUCUUCGUGUGCACGCACCGGACGCUCAUGGACCCGGUGGUGCUCGCCACCGUGCUGCUCGGCCGCCGCGUGGCCGCCGUGACGUACUCCAUCUCCCGCCUCUCGGAGGUCCUCUCGCCGAUCCCGACGGUGCGGCUGACGCGCGACCGCGACGUGGACGCGGCCAGCAUGCGCGCCGAGCUGUCGCGCGGCGACGUGGCCGUGUGCCCCGAGGGGACGACGUGCCGGGAGCCCUUCCUGCUCCGCUUCUCCGCGCUCUUCGCCGAGCUCAGCGACCGGAUCGUGCCGGUGGCGAUGAACUACCGCGUCGGGCUCUUCCACCCGACGACGGCGAGGGGGUGGAAGGCCAUGGACCCCAUCUUCUUCUUCAUGAACCCGAGGCCCGUCUACGAGGUGACCUUCCUCAACCAGCUCCCCGCCGAGGAGACGUGCGCCGCCGGCAAGAGCGCCGUCGACGUCGCCAACUACGUGCAGAGGAUCCUCGCCGCCAAGCUGGGGUUCGAGUGCACCAGCCUCACGCGCAAGGACAAGUACCGCGUGCUCGCCGGCAACGACGGCAUCGUCAACGCCAAGCCGGCGACGGCGGCGGAUCCGGCGUGGCAGCGCCGCCUCAAGGAGGCCAUCGGGUUCUUGCUCCACUAAUCACAAAUUAUUUGCAAACAAAUUCAGUGCUCUGCUCACUAGAUUAAUUUGACGAGUUUUAAUUACAAUCUCAAAAACAAAACGGCGAGUUUUAUAUUUACAUUCGUAUAUGUAUGUAUGUACGCAAUGAAAAUGUAAAAGAAGACUGCAGCCAUUAGAUAUCCAACAUAUACCGGUUGCUUUUGCUUAAUUGCUUUCUUAUGAUUUUUUUUCAUGAUUCAUUUUAUUUUUUAUUGUAAUCAAAUUACACUGAUGUAUAUAUGUUCACACCCAUGAUAACAAGUUGCAUGCAUGCUCUCUCUAUUUUAC